CUCAGUGCAAAAUGACAAAGUGUUGUGAAAUUGCACUUCAUACAUUGUGCUCUGAAACGGAUAAACGGUCGCUGCCCAAGCUCAGCAGCCAGGAAGAGGACGGGCACACCCCCCACUCCCAGUUCACUGGUGUAACCCACUUCGAGCCCAUCCCGCACGACCACGAUUUUUGUGAGAGAGUUGUGAUAAACGUCAGCGGCCUCCGGUUCGAGACGCAGCUAAGAACGCUUAACCAGUUCCCCGACACGCUGUUGGGUGACCCGGCACGCCGUAUCCGCUACUUCGACCCGCUUCGCAAUGAGUACUUCUUCGAUAGAAACCGGCCCUCCUUUGACGCCAUCCUAUACUACUACCAGAGUGGCGGAAGGCUGCGGAGGCCUGUCAAUGUGCCGCUGGACGUGUUUUCCGAGGAGAUCAAGUUCUACGAGUUGGGAGAGUUGGCCAUCAACAAGUUCAGGGAGGACGAGGGCUUCAUCAAGGAGGAGGAGAAACCGCUGCCUUCACAUGAAUUCCAACGCAACGUGUGGCUGCUUUUCGAAUAUCCCGAGUCAUCGCAGGCGGCGCGAGUGGUCGCCAUCAUAUCAGUGUUCGUUAUUCUGCUGUCCAUCGUUAUCUUCUGCCUGGAAACGCUGCCAGAGUUUAAGCAUUACAAGGUGUUCAAUACGACAACCAACGGCACCAAGAUAGAGGAGGAUGAAGUGCCCGAUAUCACGGACCCGUUCUUCCUCAUAGAAACCAUUUGCAUCAUCUGGUUCACGUUCGAAUUGUCCGUGCGCUUCCUGGCGUGUCCCAAUAAGCUACACUUUUUCCGAGACGUCAUGAACUUUAUCGAUAUCAUCGCCAUCAUUCCGUACUUUAUAACUUUAGCCACUGUGGUGGCAGAGGAGGAGGAUACGUUAAACUUGCCGCGUGCGCCUGUUAGUCCGCAAGAUAAAAGCACCAAUCAAGCCAUGUCGUUGGCCAUUCUCCGUGUCAUUCGGCUCGUGCGAGUCUUCCGAAUCUUCAAACUCAGCCGGCAUAGCAAAGGACUGCAAAUUCUCGGACGCACGCUCAAGGCUAGCAUGCGCGAGUUAGGCUUACUAAUUUUCUUCCUAUUCAUAGGUGUGGUGCUCUUCUCCAGCAUCGUGUACUUCGCGGAGGCCGGGGCCGAGCAGUCGUUCUUCAAGUCCAUUCCCGACGCCUUCUGGUGGGCCGUGGUCACAAUGACGACCGUCGGUUACGGCGACAUGAGGCCAGUGGGUGUCUGGGGGAAGAUCGUGGGUUCGUUAUGCGCGAUCGCUGGUGUGUUGACCAUUGCUUUGCCAGUGCCUGUAAUAGUAUCAAAUUUCAAUUACUUCUAUCACCGUGAGACCGACCAAGAGGAGAUGCAGUCGCAGAACUUCAACCAUGUGACCAGCUGCCCGUAUCUGCCAGGCACUUUAGGCCAACAUAUGAAGAAGAGCUCGUUGAGUGAGUCCUCCAGCGAUCUGGUUGAAUUGGAGGAGGGCCUGCUGGUGACGCGCGACCAGCUGGCCCAGAAGCAGAACUGUAACCCGCGCCACAACAACAACAUCAACGCUAUGAGCAUCGAGACUGACGUUUGACUACGAGUGACGGAUGCGCUGCGCCUGCGGCUGCUUAACGUUCCCGGUUGCUGUCAACCUUGCCGCCGCCACCGCGAUAGGCACCGCCCGCCGUCCCCAUCAGUGCCACUUUCUGCAGCAGCCACACCACCAGCAACACCGACAGCAACGUCCCCUGUGCCAUUUCCUUCGACAUCGACGACGUCUAGCAGAAGAAGAAGAGCAACCACCACCGUAGAUCGCGAGUGUUUGCGCGCAGUGCUCCGGACGCUCCCCGAACUGUUACAUCAAAUUCAUAGGACUUUUUCUCGGUACUUUUGUAUUACCAUAACGAUUGUUUUUGGGUGAGAUAUCCUGCCAAACAUAUAACAUAAUUAUUACAUAAUAAUGAAUACCUAUAAAUAGUAAUGAAUAAUUUAUAAUAAUGAUAACGUAAUAAAUAUUGAGUAAACAACGCCGCCGGCUGUCAGCCAGCCGGGGGUCGCCAUCGAGGCGGCGCGUCGCGAUGCGAUGAAUGCUGUGUAGUGCUCACACCAAACUCUUUAUUAGUUCUCGGCACUGUUUUAAGUGCUUGUAUUUUUGGGCUGUGUGAAGCUUAACCUAGGAGUGGAUUAGCUUUAGCCCUUGUUACAUAUCCACCCGCGUAGACGGACAGACCGGGCGCGUGCAGUCGCGGGACGGCGCCCCGCCGCCGCCCCAAUUCGCAGGCCGGGCCGCGGAGACCUGCACCCACCCGGCCCUCGCAAUAUAUCACUAUUUAAAUCGAAUUCGAAUGCUAAUAAUCAUUACUGUGUAGAUAAUCAAUAAUCAAAACACCGAACAAUGGUUUAUUUCUUUGUAUCAGGCGGUAUACUUGUGUAUGUUAAUGUUAUUAUUGUUGUUUCGUUUGUUUGCGGCUGUGUGUGGCGGGGAGUCCCGGCCGUCCUCGCUGCCUGCAGCCGACAUACACCAACCGUGCGCGUCCGAACAGACGCCGCUCAUUGUCAUUUAUUUGUGAAUCAGUAUGAAUCUAGUCAUGUUUGUUACAAUUUAAAAUAUUUUAUAAAUGUUGAUUAAUAUACGACAUUCCUAUUUCAA